AGCGAGGCCGGCGUGGGAUUCUGCGGGCAGCCAUUGUGGCGUGCUGUGGCACUGCCUACGUGGGUCCUGGCGCGUCUGUCGCUUGGUCCUGAGGGCACUCCGGCCACUGCUGGAGAUGAGCGAUCCGCGGUCCACCCCGAGGACUCGCAGUUUGGACCGGGUCGUAGCUGCGUGGACCCCUGAGGCCCCCACGAACUGCCCUGUAGGGAGGGAUCCGAGCCCGAGCCCGAGCCCGGAUCUCGUCCAGCCCCUCAGGACUGUGGGCGGGAUGUGUGUGUGUGUGUGUGUGUGUGUGUGAAGUUAGUGUAGUGGUUACCCCCGGAAGGAUAGGGGCGUGUUGGUUGGGAAAAGGCACAGGGGAACCCAAAGGGAGUGGGGUGGGAGUUGCAGGGGUGUGUGGAUAUGUAAGGAUUCAUGGAGCCCUACUCUUAAGGGGUGUCCUCUACUCACUUUUACAAUAUAACUUAAUUUUUAAAAUAACAGGAUCGUGAGAAGUACUCCAUUCGUCCUUAGGCUGCACGAGACACCCAUGGUAUGAGCAGUCCUCACCAGGAUUUAGCUAGCUUUCAAAGCUACAAACCAUAUGAAGAAAAAGAAAGGAUUUCUGAGAGGUAAAAAGGAGUGACAGCUCCUGGCACGGCGAAGAGCACGCGCAGAUCAUUUAAGGACUGACUGAGGGGAUUCAUGGCAAAAGAAAGAAUUCCAUAUGAAAUGAAGUCUACAGCUGUCAAAAAAUAUCACACAGCUCUGUACCUUCCUGAAAGGAUGUCUCUGAGCCUCCAUAGCUCCCUGUUGUGAGUCGCACUGAUGACUUAGCCUGCAAGUGCCACAGCCUGGAAGAUGAGGCACCAAGGAAAUGCCACGUGAGGACACAAUGUGGAAGAGAGGGCUCUCGUUAAGAACUUGACUGUGCUGGAGCUCUGCUGUAGGACUUCUGGCCUUCAGAACCGUGAGAAAUAAAUGUCUGAACUUUAAGUCAUCCAGUCUACGGUAGUUUGCAGCCUGCACUAAGACAUCAGAUGAGUAUAUCAUUUGCCAGUAUUUUCUUCCAUUCUUUGAAUUGCAUUUUUGCUGUAUUGAUGAUGUCCUCUUAUGAACAAUGUUUUUAAUUUUGAUGAAGUCCAACUUAUCUGUCAUUUCCUUUUGCUGCUUAUACUUUGAUGUCAUUUCCAAGAAAUCAUUGCCAAACAGGACAUUCUAUGUUUCCCUGUUUUUUGCAAAGUUUUAUGGUUUUAGCUCUUGGGUUCAGGUGUUUGGUCAAUUUUGAGCUAAUUUUUGUAUGGGUGUAGGUAAGGUUACUUCUUUAAAAAAAUUAAAGAUUUAUUUAUUUAUUUGUUUAUUUAUUGAAAGGCACAGUCACAGAGAGGCAGAGGUAUAGAGAGAAAGAGACCUUCCAUCUGCUGGUUCACUCCCCAAGUGGCAGCAAUAGCCAUAGCCGGGUUGAUCUGAAGCCAGGAGCCAGGAGCUUCUUUUGGGUCUCCCCUGUGGUUGCAGGGCCCCAAGUAUUUUAGCUAUCUUCUGCUACUUUCCCAGGUGCAUUAGCAGAGAGCUGGUUUGGAAGUGAAGCAGCCAGGACUUGAACAAUUGCCCAUAUAGGAUGCUGGCACUGGAGGCAAUGGCUUUACCUGCUUUGACACAGUGCUGGCCCCAGUCCUCUUUUUUUUUUUUUUUUUUUCUGUUCUGCUCUCCUUGUGUGUGUAUACAUGCGCACACACGUGUAUCAAGUUUUCCCAGGACUGUUUGAAAGACCAUAUUUUCCUCAUUGAAAUGGUCUUGGCAAAAAGGGAAGGGAAGGGAAGGACAGGGCAGGGCAGGGAAGGGGAAAAAAAAUGGUCUUGGCAUCAUUGUCAAAAGUCAUUUCACCAUAUAAGUAAGAAAUUGUUUCCAGGCUCUUUAGCUUAUUCCAUUGUUCUAUAUAUCUGUAUUCAAGCUACUACCAUGUUGUGUUGAUUUUCAUAGCUCUGUAAUAAGUUUUGAAAUCAAAAAUUUUCUAACUUUGUUCUCUUUUUUCCAAGAUUGUUUUAGCUAUUGAGGACACUUAGAGAUUACAUAUGAAUUAUGGGAUGGAGUUUUCUAUUUCUGCAGAAAAUACUGUUGGGAUUUUGAUAGGCCCAAGUGCUUGGAUCCCUUCCAUGCAAGUGGGAGUCGGAUGAAGCUAUUGGCUCUUGGCUUCAGGUUGGCCAGCUCUGGCCACUGUAGCCAUAUGAGGAGUGAACCAGCAGAUGGAAGAUAUCUCUCUCUCUCUAACUCUGCCUUUUAAGUAAAUAAAUAAAUCUUUAAAAAACAUCACUGUAUAAAUGUUUUACCUCCUUUAUUAAGUUAAUUUCUAAGUACUUUAUUUUUUAAAUACUAUUGCAAAUAGAACUGCUUUUUUUCCUUCUUAGAUUGUUAGUUAUUAGCAUAAAGAAAGACCUCAAUAGACAGUUCUCGAAAGAAAUACAAAUGGCCUACAAAUAUAUGAAAUAAUGCUCAAUAUCUCUAGCCAGCAGAGAAAUACAAAUCAAAAUCACCAGGAAGCAUCACCUCGCUCCUGUCAGAACAGCAAAAAUAUUAAAGACAGAGAGUUAAAAAUGCCAACAUGUGUGUGGAGAAAGGGAAAUACAGAUACACUGUUGAUAGGAAUGUAAAUUAAUGCAGCCACUUUGGAAAACAGUAUAGAGAUUUCUUAGAAAACUGGAAAUACACUUGCCAUAUGAUCCAGCGAUCCCACUUCUGGCUAUAUAUGCAAAAGACAUGAGCGUGUUGUAUCAAAGAGGUUCCUAGUAGCACUAUUCACAAUAGCCAAAUAUGGGAUCAACCAAGAUGUCCAUCAUCAGAUGAAUGGAUAAAGAAAAUGUGGCAUACGUAUAAGUACACAAUGGAAUAUUAUUCAGCUAUAAAAAAUGAAGUUCUACCAUUUGCAAUAAUGGAUGCAAUUGGAGGACAUAAUGUUGAAUGAAAUAAGUUGGACACACAAAGACAAAUACCACAUAUUCUCCCUUAGAUAUGAGAGCUAAAAGAAAAAGAGAAAAAAAGAGAACUAAAUGUCUCUGUGUAUCAGAAUUGUUGCAAAUGUAGUUUUGUCAGUCUUUGUUUUAUACUUUUGUCAAACUAGUGGUUAAUCAUGUUAUAUUGCUAUAGUUUUAACGAUCUGUGAUUACUUUAAAAUUUACUAUAUGUGGGUGAAAUGGUCAUUUUUCCAACUAUUGUUUAUAUCCCUUGCCUAUAUUCUCACUAAACUAGGGUCUUUUGCUUUUUAUUUGCUAAGCAUUUUAUUUAGUGGGGCAUUAAACCCUUGGCUGUAAUAUAAAUUAAGAAUAUAUUAUCCCAAAACCAAAAUAAGAAAGAAAGGAAGAAAGAAAGAAAGAACGAAAGAAAGAAAGAAAGAAAGGGGGAGAAAGAAGAAGUGUGGAAGGGAAAGAGGGGAAGGUAGGGAGCCAAGAAAGAGGGGAAUAUCAUUAUACUGCUACAAUUGUAUCUAUGAACUAUAUUGAAUUUGUUAAAAACUAAAAAAACUAUCCUCCGCCUAGCGGCGCCGGCACACCGGGUUCUAGUCCCAGUCGGGGCGCCGGAUUCUGUCCCGGUUGCCCCUCUUCCAGGCCAGCUCUCUGCUGUGGCCAGGGAGUGCAGUGGAGGAUGGCCCAGGUGCUUGGGCCCUGCACCCCAUGGGAGACCAGGAAAAGCACCUGGCUCCUGGCUCCUGCCAUCGGAUCAGCGCGGUGCGCCCGCCGCAGCGCACCGGCCGCGGUGGCCAUUGGAGGGUGAACCAACGGCAAAAGGAAGACCUUUCUCUCUGUCUCUCUCUCUCUCACUGUCCACUCUGCCUGUAAAAAAAAAAAAAAAACAAAAAACAAAAAAAAACCACUUUUUUAAAAAAAAAAGUACAACUGGGUUUCAUAUGUUGAUUUGGCAUGGUACAACUUUGCUGAAUUUAUUAGUCCCAAAAGUUGUUUUAGGGGAACUUUAAUCUAAGAUUAUGUCCUUGGGAAACAGACAAUUAUUUUUCUUUUCCAAUUUGGAUGAUUUUAUUUCUUUUUCUUGCCUAGUUGCUCUGCCUAGAAUUUUCAGCAAUAUAUUGAGUAGAAGUAGCAAAAGUAAACAUUGUUGUUUUGUCCAUGGUAUUAGAGAAAGAUAUUUAAGUCUUUCACCAUUGAAUAUAGUAUUAGCUAUGUGUUUUUCAUAUAAAGCCUUUAUUAUGUUGAGAUAAUUUCCUUCUAGUGCUAGUAUAUUUUUUUAAUCAUGAAGGAUGUUGAAUUUUGUUAAAUGCUUUUUCUGCAUCAGUUGAGGAAAUUAUGAUUCCUCCCAAUGUUUCAGUAUCAGGUAUUACAUUAAUUGACUUUUGUAUGUUAAACUGUACUUGCAUGUUAGCAAUAAAUCCUACUUGGUGAUGGUGAAUGAUUGAACUCAUUCUUAAACUAAAUGAAAUAGAGAAUUUUGUAUGCUCCUGCUAAUUAGCAUUUGGGGAGUCUGAGAAAACAAGAGUAACGUUAGAGACUAGAAAAAUAUAUUUCCUCAAAUAUAAAUUAUGCUAUGAGUGAGUAUGCUUCAAUAUGUUACUUAAGUGUUGAUGUGUGUUGGGGGUAGAUGGACGACAAGUUAUUAUAAGUGUGGUUUUUUUUUUUUUAGAUUUUUUAAUUUAUUUGAAAGGCAGAGUUAUAGAGAGAGAGACAGAGAUAGAGAAGAGAGAUCUACCAUUCACUCCCCCAAUUGGCCACAAUGGCUAGGACUGGGCCAGGUCAAAGCCAGGAGCCUGGAACUCCAUCUGUGUCUCCCCAUGAGUGCUAGGGGCCCAAGCACUUGGCCUGUCUUCCACUGCCAUCCCAGGCACAUUAGUAGAGAGCUGGAUCAGAAGUGGAGCAGCCAGGACUCAAACCAGUGCUCUGAUGUGGGAUAUGGGCAUCACAGGUGUCAGCUUAGCCCAUUGCAUCACAGUGCCAGCUCCUAAGUAUGAGUUCUAGAGUCAAACUGCUUCUGUUCAAAUCAUGUCUCUGCCACAUACUAGUUGGAUAACCUAGACAAGUUUUUAACUUUUUUAUGCUUCAUAAAAUAGAGGUUAUAAAAUAGGUGGUAAAACAGGCCUACUUCAAGGUUGUUGUGAGGUAUUUAUUAAGCAUUUCAAAUAGUACAUGGGGGCCAGCGUUGUGGCUUGGCAGGUUAAGUCACUGCCUAGGAUGCCUGCAUCCCAUAUGACUGGCUAUUUGAGUCCUGGCUGCUCCACUUCCAAUCCAGCUCCCUGAUAAUGUGCCUGGGAAGGCAGUGCAGGAUGGCCUAAGUGCUUGGGCCCCUACCACCCACAUGGGAGACUUGGCUGGAGUUCCAGGUUCCUGGUUUCAGCCUGGCCCAUUGCAGCCAUUUAAGGAGAGAACACAUGGAUGGAAGAUCCCUCCCCCCGUAACUCUGCCUUUGCAAUAAAUAAAAUAGAAUUUUUAAAAUAAAAAAGGAAAGAAAAAAAAAAAAGAAUAGUACUUAGCAGGCCAGCAUUGUGGUGAUUGUGAUGCAUCAGGUUGAGCCACCAGUAUCUCAUAUCAGAGCACUGGUUUGAGUCUUGGCUGCCCUGCUUCCAAUCCAGCUCCCUGCUGUUGUACCUGGGAGGGCAGCAGAGGGUAGCCCGUGGGAGACUCAGGUGGAGUUCUAGGCUCCUGGCUUCAGCCUGGUCUGGCUCAGCCAUUGCAGCCAUUUGGAGAGUGAACCAGCAGAGGAAGGAUCUCUCUCUCUCUCUCUCUCCCUUUCAAAUAAAUAAAAAGAGAAUAAAGAAUAGUACUUAACAUAUAAUAAGUGCUUUGUAAAUAUAACUAUCAUUAUAUAAUUAUACUUUGAGUAAUGGAUGAUAUGCGUAUUUUGCUGAAUCCAAGCUUAAAAACAAAUUGUCAACUAAGCUAUUUAGUGACAAGCAAAUCAUUUACAGCUAAGCAACUAUAGACAGAAAUCUUUAUACUAGAUAAAAGAGCGUCAGCUUUACCACUUGUGCAUAUCAUCCUAGUUACACCUGAAAAGAAGUGAAGAUGUUAAUCCUUUAAUACUCAUUCAGGUAAAAAGAAAUAAUCUUCCUAUCUGCAGAGACUGCACACAAGUGUAGACAGCUGACCUUGAAACUUCUUACUACCUACAGUAACUGUCACGUUUGCCCUCCUCCCCACCCCAGCGGAUCUGGUAUUAUCAUAAAUCAUACUUGUCUGUCGCUCACGCUAGAACCUACUUUCCUCAAGGUCAGAGUGUAUGCCUCGCUUUCUCUGUAGUGUCAUGCCUUCCAACACAGGCCCUCAACCUCAGCACACAGAUCCUGGGUGAAUUCUCUGCUUCCAUUCAAUCGAUCAUUGCUCUCUGCAGUAUAAUAUAAAGUAAAAAAGCCAGGGACAUGAGAGAUGUAGAUUUAAAUUCUGCCAUCCUCCACUGCCCUCCUGGGCCACAGCAGAGAGCUGGCCUGGAAGAGGAGCAACCAAGACUAGAACCCAGUGCCCAUAUGGGAUGCCGACGCCACAGGUGGAGGAUUAACCAAGUGAGCCACGGCACCGGCCAAAUAAAUUUAUCUUUUUAAAAAGAGCCAGAUUAUCAGGAAAAUAUAAUUAAAGCAGCAUACAAUUUAGAUACUUGCAAUUUACUUUAGAUUCACUAGAAAUACUUUUAGUGUAAGUAUUUCCCAUGCAGUAUUUUUCUUUUACCUCAGUGUACAUAUGCAUAGGCAAUUAGAAAUCAUUCUAGCUUAACUGAGCAUCUUUAUGUUUUAUUUGAUAAAUCUGUCAAGCCUGGUGAUUCCAGGAUCUGAACUUAGAUCUUCUCAUUCCAUAUAUAUUGCUGUUUCCCCUCUGAUCUUCCCUUCAAGUGAUUUCACAAACUAACCAACCACUUGAGUAUGUUUGGAAUUAAAUUGCACAGUGCCUUUAACACACUUUGCUGUGCCUUAGACCUUUGAAAAAUGCCCCCGGACAGGAAAUACAGUCUCAUCUUCAUGCCUCUCUUUGCCUCCCAUAGACCCUUCUUCAGGACAUUUGUUUUGUUUUGUUUUGUUUUUCAGUUAGGCCAUGUUGAAGAUUCUUUUCACUGUUGGAAGUUGAAGUCAGUAGCAUUCUGGGAUUAUCAUUUAUAACAACUCUCCAAUUUGUUUGAAAUGCCCAAAAUCAGCAAAGAGGAAACGGAAAGGUACAGACUAGAAUUGUAUUACUUUAAGAGGAUUCAUAAAAAAUGUUGUUAUUGUGCUUCUAAUCAAUACUAUUUAUGUAGUUGACAAAGUGCUUUCAUGUACAUUAUCCUAUAUGAUUGUCAAAUAGGUCUAUGGAGGUAGUUUAUACCUGUUUUUCUGUAGAAACUAAGAUUUUGUUGUGUAAAAUGGCAUCCUGGAUUGUGCAGCUGGUAAAUACCAGAGCUAUGGACUUGGCCCACAUCUUAUACACCCAGGUCCUGAGCGUUUCCACUGCAUGAAGCUUCAGCAUGGACGUGAGAAGCACGCAGCUACUGGGGCUGCCUGUUGGUUUGUUAAUUUGAUUAAGAGUCCACUCUCCAAUCUCAUUUAGCACACAUUGUUAGCAACAAUCUAGGAUAUGCCUAGUUUUAGUUUAAGUUUUUACAACAACUCAUGUGCCAUUAGUAAAUUCAGAAUAGAUUUUAUGAACAUCAUAACUGUUCUACCUCAGAAUUCUUGGAACCGGGUUGACAAAUCUGGAAGGCAUAGAGCAGAUUGGGCCAAGUUGUUCAGUAUUCUCCAUGUUUAUUCCUGGGGACUCCUGGAAUGAGCUGAACCAGUUGGACCCAUCUGAAGGAAUGGGCCUGGGACCCUUUUGUUUCAGAUUUAGAUUCAACAUGCAUUUUUUAAAAUAUAUUUAUUAUUAUAUUUAUACUUCUAUUUUAUUCAUAGCUAUAUUAGGCAGAGAGUUAGAGACAGAAUGAGAUUUUCCAUCCUUUGGUUCACUCCCCAAAUGCUGGCAGCAGCCAGGGAGGAACGAGGCCAAAGCCAGGAGUCUGAAACUCAUUUCAGGGCUCCUAAGUGGAUGUAUUUGAGCCAUCACCUGCUGCCUCCCAGGGUGCACAAUAGCAGGAGAUAUGGAAUGGGAAGCGGAGCCAGGACUGACACCCAGGCACUCUGAUAUGGAACACAGGUGUCCCAGGAGGCAUCUUGACUGCUCUGCAAAACUCACAACCCUGACAUGCGCUUUUUGUCCGCCAAUUAUAUGCAAAGCACUUUCACAUAUGAUGGCUCAUAUCCAAAGCCCUUUCCUUCCAAGCUAUAUUCUACUUCAAGAUGUGGGAUUUAAAACUCUAAAAGGUUAAGAGGCCAUAAAUUUUAAAAGUCAUGUGACAAUAAAAUUCAGGAAGAAGGUUAUAAGCAGCAAAAUUGCUACUGUUUCUUGCCUGACUGUAAGUGCCCAGGAAAUCUUUACUGUAUUUAAUUGAAAGCAUAGUUUAGGAUAUGGUAUUGGCAUUCCUGAUCCAGAAAUCUGAGUACCCAGGUGAUUUGACUUAGAACUUCAUUAUUGGGAAAUCAAUACUUACUGCCCUGCUAUUUCCCCAUAUGUUUCAAAGACAUAAAGGAGAGGCAGGAAUUUGGCCUAGCAGUUAGACACUAGUUAAGAUGCCUGACUCCCACAUCCAAGUGCCUGGGUUUGAUUCCUGGCUCUGGCUUCUGGCUCCAGCUUCCUACUCAUGCAGUUGCUGGAAGGCAGCAGUGAUGGCUCAAAUAGUCAGGUCCCUGCCACCCAUGUGGGAGACCUACACUGAGUUCGUGGCUUCCAGUUUUUGUCCCUCUAACUGUCAUAGGCAUUUGGAGCAUGAACUAGCAGAUGGGAACUUGUCUAUCUGUCUCUCAAAUAAUAAAAAUGUAAAAAUUAAACAAAGGAAAGAAUUAGGCUCCUCAACAUUAAGAAGGUAUGUGAAAGUCAUUUUAUUGGUUUAUUUUUGUAGUAUCAUAAGUUGCAUCAUGACACUCUACCAAAGUAAAAGGGGAGUAAAGCAGAAAUAUUUCUCUGUAAGCCAGAGGAAGAUUCACAUUAACUGAGGAGACCAUAUUAUCUGAACUCCAAAUUGGAACACUUGGUUUGAAAAGUAUAAUUUCAUUUAGGACACAAUAAGAGAAAAUAUUUAGAAUCAAACAAGAGUACUAACAUCAGUGGUCUGGUCAGCUCACUGGAAAAGUAAUGACAAUCUGAGAUUUCACUUCUUGAUUAAAUUGCUUUGGCUGUCCAUCUUCCUUAUGGUUCAAAAAGAAAGAGAGAGAGAGAGAGAGAGAGAGAGAGAGAGAGAGAGAGAGAGAGAUGGCUAUCAAUGAGCCUACUUCUUUCUUUGUUAAAGCAUACAAGAUGAAAGUAGGUUAAAUUUCAAGGAACUGGCUGGCACCGCGGCUCACUAGGCUAAUCCUCCGCCUAGCGGCGCCGGCACACCGGGUUCUAGUCCCGGUCGGGGCACCGGAUUCUGUCCCGGUUGCCCCUCUUCCAGGCCAGCCCUCUGCUGUGGCCCGGGAGUGCAGUGGAGGAUGGCCCAGGUGCUUGGGCCCUGCACCCCAUGGGAGACCAGGAAAAGCACCUGGCUCCUGGCUCCUGCCAUCGGAUCAGCGUGGUGCGCCGGCCGCAUCGCGCUGGCUGCGGCGGCCAUUGGAAGGUGAACCAACGGCAAAGGAAGACCUUUCUCUCUGUCUCUCUCUCUCUCACUGUCCACUCUGCCUGUCAAAAAAAAAAAUUUUUCAAGGAACUUUUAAAUUUUAUUUUUUGUGUAUUUGAACGUAGGGGUGGGGGAAGUGAGAGAUUGAGAGAUAGAUAGAUAUCUCCCAUCCACUGGUUUCACUCCCCCAGAUGCCGCAAUAGCCAAGGUUAGACUAGUCUGAAGUCAGGAGUGUGGAACUCAGCCUUUCCAUGUCUCUCAAGUACCCAGAUACUUGAGCCAUCUCCUGCUGCCUCCCAGGGUGCGCAUAAGCAGGAAGCUGAAAUUGGAAAUGGAGAUGAGACUAAAACCCAGCCACUACAAUAUGGUAUGUGGGCAUUCCAAGUGGCAUCUUAAUUGCUACACCAAAUUCUCACGCCUCAAGGAGCUUUGAAAUGAAGGAGACUCAAAGUCACACAAAAAAACUACAGAAGCAUUUAUUUGCACAAGAAAUCUUUUCAAAUAAAGAUCUAAAGACAUUACCAUGUGAUGCCCUUGAUUUACACUGUAACAAGACAGAGACGUUCCUUCCUGUAUUUAGAAAGACUGCCUCAUCCUAAGUACCCAGUAACUCACCAUUCCCCCUGGCCGCAUCCCCCUUCCUCAACUCCCACCCCUUCCCUGCCUCUUUCUCACUGUGCUAACAGUGCAGGUCAUCUUAACACGUCUCCAAUCCACAUAAACACGCAGGGCUGGAAGAGCAUUGAUAGCAUGGACAAAAUGCAACAAGUAAUAGCUUCUGUGUGAGGGUGGCUGCUUCUUUGGUCUUCAAGGAUUAGGUGUAAUGGAUCCCAGGGUUUAUAUUAGCCCAUGAAUGUAAAGAGAUUAAUCACUCAUGAAAUGCUGCCUAUUAGAGAACCACAUUCACAAGGCACAUCAAUAAAAGGUUACAGAGAGAGAAAAAUAAGGAGCUGAUUACUACAAAAAAUACUUGAAAAUGUCUUAAACAUUUUAUUCCGUGUCUGUAACUACAGGCAGGUUUGGUAAAGGGAAGCUGUCAGGAAGUUUUUUCUGACAGAUCAAACGGAGCUCAGUAACUAGAGAACCCACAGAGGGGCUUAAAGAGAAAGAGUGAGCCACUGUAAGAUGAACACUGUCCAGACUAAGUCCUAGACAGCUGUUGGGCAACAUAGGACUUACAGUCAGCAGUGCUGUGCUGUGUACUUUCAAUUUUGUUAUGGGAGCAGGUCUCAUGUUGAAUAUUCUUUGGAAAAGGGUGAGGAGAAAAUCCAAAGAAAUGUGGGGAGGUUGUAAGUAUCUGUUACCUUGGAUGUGGUGAUGUGCUCAUGGGUGCAUGCAUAUGCCCAGACUCAUCACAUUGUACACAUUACAUAUACACACAUUUCUGUAUACCAAUGACAUACCUCAAUAGAUUUUUUAAAAUGACACCAUCCAAUGUGUAUUCCACACAUGUAAUGAGGAGAGCUGUAGUGGGUCUUCCAACCCUAGAAGCUUCUUGGUGCUGAGUCCCUAAAGUCAUUCUAAUCUUUUGUAUGUUUAAAAUUUUGUAAUUCCUUUUGAGCAAAUGGAAGGAAAAAGUAUUGGUCUCAAAUGGAACUUCCCAUGAGGUAGCAGCACGUGUGAGGAAGACACUAGGUUGCCUGCUCCUAGCUUCACAGAACUUUAGACUGCAAAGAAAGGCUGAGCUUUGCAAAGCAAAAGCCUACGCUCAGCUCUUCUCUCUCCCAAUGUCAUCAGCCUCCUAUGCCCACAUAGCCCCUAGCCUUCUCAUUCUUAAAUGAUUUCCUCUGCAGUCCUUGAUGGUUCAGAUAAACUAUGUGAUGAAUCUUGGCAGCAAUAGCUCUUCUUUGUGGGAAGGUCAAGUGUCCUUUGCAGAAUGUGAAGCCCACAUUUUACUUAUGUCCUUUCUCACCUGCUCCCACAGAAAACUCAAAAUCACCCUUGAGGACACUGCAGCUUCCCAGUAUAACAAUUUCCAAAAAAUCCAGGAGUAUUAUCCACUCUUCCCCUGUACUUUUAUAAGCCUUUGUUCCUAUCUCUCUCUCUCUUUUUAAUUUAUUUGACAGGUAGAGUUAUAGACAGUAAGAGAGAGAGACAGAGAGAAAAGUCUUCCUUCUGUUGGUUCACUCCCCAAAUGGCCGCUAUGGCCGGAGCUACGCUGGUUUGAAGCCAGGAGUCAGGUGCUUCUUCCUGGUCUCCCAUGGGGUGCAGGGCCCAAGCACUUGGGCCAUCCUCCACUGCACUUCUGGGCCACAGCAGAGAGCUGGCCUGGAAGAGGAGCAACCAGGACUAGAACCCGGUGCCCAUAUGGGAUGCCGGCGCCACAGGCAGAGGAUUAACCAAGUGAGCCACGGUGCUGGCCCCUGUUCCUAUCUCUAAUUAGAACACCAUCACAUUAAAGUUAAGUGUUAGAGUUGAGAACAAGUCUUGUCUCUCAAUAAUUUAGUGACAAACACAGUCCUUGCAGAUAGUAGAUAGUCAAUGCAGUUUUUAAACAAAUGAAUACUCAUUGUAAGUCUUUUCUUUUCCUGAGUUUUUUUUUUAUUCCCAUUUUCAUUCAGCUAUUCCUCAUAUGUCACAUUUUUUAACAUUUCACCAAACUGGUGUGUAUCUUCAGGGUGUGUCCCAAUUUGUCCCUAAUAUUUCUAAAAUGGACCAUGGGAUUACACUCUAACUGAGGUUUAUCCAGGGUAGAGAAUUUCCCAGAGCAUAAGUAAUAUAUAGCUCUCUUUCUAGACUCCAUAUAGUUACUGUUUAAACUUGUACUGACUCUUACUUGAAGUAGAGUCAAACCUUGACAGUGAGUAGUAGGAAAAGUGGUGACUUGAAGCUUGAGCAGGACCUGAGCUAAGGGCACUGACCCAACUCUGGAAUGGGCUCUUUAGAUAGGCAGCAAGUUUUCUAAAUGAGCCCCAGAGACAUCAAGGGCAUUCAGGGGGUUCUGAUAGAUGAGGACCAGGCUGUUGCAAUUAUUGGAACUGGAGAAGUGAGUGGCAACAGAAGGCUGCCAUUCAAUUUUGGAGCAGGACUUCAAUCAUCAGUUGGAAAAAUUGAGAUUCAAACCCCAAUCCCUGGACAGAGAGUUUACCAAGGGCUUACGCAAAUUAAGCCCAAGAAGACUGGAGGUCAAAGAAGGGCCAUAUUUUAAUGGGAAACUAGGAUACUGAGAAUCCAAUGGCUCUGGAGUCAUAAAGACCUUUGUUAAAUUCCAUCUUCUCCACUUUCCAAGUCUAAUUUUCCUCAGGUGAAAAUGGGAAUAAUAAUACCUACUUUAAGGCACCUCUAUGAAGGCUUAGUAAAUAAUGCAUGUAGUGUCUAAUAUAGUGUUAGUGCUUCAGAAAUGUUAUUGCAGAUUAAAAUGUAUAAAUGGAAUGUAAAUUAAAUGAUUUUUAAAGGUUUGUUUAUUUAUUUUAAAGGUAGAGUGACAGAGACAGAGGCAAAGUGGGGCGAGGGGGGUCUUCCAUUUGCUGGUUCACUUCCCAAAUGGCUGCAAUGCCUGGAGCUGGGCCGAUUUGAAGCCAGGAGCCAGAAGCUUCUUCCAGGUCUCCCAUGCGGGUGCAGGGGUCCAAGGACUUGGGCCAUCUUCCACUGCUUUCCCAGGACAUAGUAGUGAGCACUAUUGGAAGUGGUACAGCCAAGCCUCGAACCGGUGCCCACAUGGGAUGCCGGCACUGCAGGCUGCUGCUUUACCUGCUACCCCAAAGCGGCAACCCCAGUUAAAUGAAUUUUAGAAUAACUUCACUUUUGAAGCUUAUAAGAGGAAUUAUGCCCUAAGAACAUUUUAUGAUUAUUUUUAACACUUUCUUUAGGAAAAAUACUAUAGUUUUUGAAAUAUGACUAGAGUGACUGAUAUGAAUUUGUUGAGAAUGGUUUAUAAAGUUAGCAUAGCUCAUAUGACUGCUUGUCAUAACAACUGUGUCAAUAGUAGGAUUAUAACAAAUACACUUAUUUUCAAAUUUUACUUUAAGGUAACAUGAUAAGUCACAAAUCUUUGAAAUCAGGCUUUUUAAAGGUAUGAAUUCAGAUUCAUCAACCUAGUCGAAUUUUUCUCUGAAGUAAAGUUCAAUACUUGUUAGAAAUCUUCGUGUAAGCACUUUUCCCGGUCCGGUACUAUUUUCCUUUUCAUAUCCAAUAAUCUAAAACUUAAGAGGGGUGGGUCCUGCCCAGUAGGGGUUGUGUGCUGCUGUGAUCCCACAUUUGACCUUCUGAGAGCUGGGAGUGGCAAGAUCUGGGAGAAUAAAAAGCUUUUCUCAGAGGGCCAGAGACCUGUCGUGAAUGUCCCGUUGGCUGCUCUGCACUGCACUCCAUCGGCAUUGUCACGUCGACUCGACAUUCAUAGAGCAUCCGCUGCCACUCACCUGAAAGAAGCCCUUGUCCUAAGACAUUGUCGGAGAAGAUGAUGUCUGCUCAAGACAUGGCUAAAGUAAUGAUUGUCAUGUUUGCAAUUUGUUUUCUUGCCAAAUUGGAUGGGAAACCUGUGCAGAAGAGAGCUGUGAGUGAAAUACAGUUCAUGCACAGCCUGGGCAAACAUCUCACAGUGAUGGAGAGGGUAGAAUGGCUGCGGAAGAAGAUGCAGGAGGUGCACAAUUUUAUUGGCCUCAGAGUUCCUCUAGCUCCCAGAGAAGGGGGUUCCCAGAGGCCUCGAAAAAAGGAAGACAAUGUCUCAGUUGACAGCCAUCACAAAAGUCUUGGCGAAGCAGACAAAGCUGACGUGGAUGUGUUAGUGAAAGCUAAAUCCCAAUGACAACAGAUGCGAUCCGAGCACUGCUCUAGCAGUGCCAGAGCAACGAUGCUGGGCAACAGUACUACUUGCUGCUAACUUUUCCAACCGCUAUUAAGAUUGCCAAGUGCAAGGAUUUCUAAUGAUACCAAGCUUGAUGUGUAAUCCAGUGCCAUCUGCGACAAUUGCAAUUUUAACUGUUUCUUUUGAUUCUGCUUUUAUUCAUUUGAGAGCUCUUUUAAUUAAUCUAGUUCUAUUGUUUAUUCUUUUCCAAGUAUGUUAUUGCGUAACUAAUAAAAGAAUAAAUUUGCAUAUUUUAAUUUCUCUUAUUACAGUGCAAAAUAAAAA